GACUUAUUCUGCAAUCUCGAACUUCGUCCCGUCUCUCUCUUUCUAGGUCUCUUGCGACCUCUUUGCAAUUGGUUUCGAUGGGCAACAACUUUUGCGAGAACACUCAAAUCGACUAUGAAGUCUGAUGCAGAAGGGGAAGACAAGGAAUAACGCGAUUCCUCUUUAAAUUCGGAUGCUGACCCAUCUUCGCUUUCAGUAUCAGAAGAAGAUUAGGGUAUGUGUAGAGUUAUCAACUGAUUUUUGAGUGAUAAAUCUCUUUUCAAUCGAAUGAUUAAUUUUGAAUCCUUUACCAUUUUUCGUGUUUGACAUUUUUUUUUUCGAAUUCACAUCUAAUUAAGAACGAGAAUCACACGAAAAAAAAAAUUUCCAACUAAAAUAACUAAUAAGAUGUGAUUGCUCCGUCCUUCGACCAGUAGUGACUCAUAAAUCUCACUUGGAAUACAUGUCUAAAUGGGGAAAGUGAUUAUCCAAUCGUAGAAGGGCGGGGCAAUCAAUUAAGACAUUGGCUUUUUGUAUAAAUUGAGAAAAACCCUACACAAAGCUUUCAUCUUUUUGUCUCUGCUUCAACACUCACCAUAGACACAGUUGAUGGCCGAAUAGCUCUCUCUUCUUGCUUUCACAAACAAUGGCCCCAAAAACCAAAUCCCGCUUAGUAGACCAGCCUCCUUCUGCAUCGUCCUCUGAAGAACAAGAAUUGGUGGAGGAAUCCCAGGAAGAAGAAGAACAACAACAACAAUCGAGGGAGGAAGAAGGAGAAGAAGAAUCAGGGGAAGAAACUGAAGAACCCAAGACAGCACAUCCUGUUGUAAAGAGAUCCAUCACUCAGAAACUCCAAUUUUCUUCUGAUUCCGGCAGCGAGAGUGGGUCAGGAUCCGAAUCCGGACAUUCCCUGCCUUCCCCUUCUGCAUUGGACUUCACCGUCAAGCCCAGUGUUCCUGCUAAAGCUGACACCCCAUCGAAGCCAGCAGCAAAGAGGCAGCGAGAUACCCAGACAGAGAAAGGGAGGAAGAAGCCCAAGAUUGCAGAAGAAGAGGAGAAAAAAUCAGCUGCUACUCCUCGCAAUCUAUGGAGCGAUGACGACCAGCUUGCUCUACUCAAAGGGAUUGCUGAAUACAAGGCGGUAAAAGGUGUGGAACCUAUUGCCGAUAUGUCUGCUUUUCAUGAAUUCAUCAGGGGGAAGUUGCAGGUUGAAGCUUCAAAGAAGAGACUCCGAGACAAGGUAAGGAGGUUAAAGACGAAAUAUUUGACUAAUGUGAAAGAUGGUGAGGAGCCAGUUUUCAUGAAGGGUCAGGAUUAUCUAGUUUUUGAGCAUUCAAAGAGGAUUUGGGGUGCCCCUGGAACUAGUAAUGGAGUUAGCACUAAUGGCACAGCUAAAAUUACUGUUGAGGUUAACAAGAGUUCUGAACCUAAGAGAAGUGCGAAAGUCAGCAAACCCAAGGAUGAUGAGAAACAUAAGGCAGAAGAGAAACAGGUUGCUGUAAAAGAGGUGGUUAAGGAGGAUAUAUUUAAGGGUGAUCAACUGGAUUUCCAGUCCGAAUUUCCACAUUUGACUGCUUCAUUUGAAAGUAUGGCUGGCAUGUCUACAAUGUAUCCGAAUGGAACAAGUUUUUUGAAGGAGAAGAUGAGUUCCAUUGCUACUGACAAGACCAAAGUGUUGGAUAAGAAGUGGAAGAAACUGGAGGAUGACGAAGCUGCCUUGAUGGUGAACCGUUUAGAUUUGAUUGCGGAGCAUUACAAAUUGGUGAUCAAUGCAAUGAGUGGUAACUAGAUGCUGAUGGAUCAUGUUCUAUUCGAUGCUACAAUUUCCGAUACUGUUUCGGUGGAGUUUUAGGUUUUGUUUCAUAUAGUCUUGUUUCUCAAGACAGUUUUCUUCCCGCGAUGAUGUACUUAUGUUUAGUCCGCGAGUGUGGUAUGGAGUGAUUGGCUUUACUAAGGGGUUGCAAUGAAAUGCCUACACAUUCCUAUCAUAUAUGCCAUAUACGGUGGAAGCAAGCUUAAUGAUAGCUAAAGUGGAAUGUCUGAGAGAUGUUCAGGUUCAUCCUUUGUAAUAUGUAAUUUCCUAAACCAGAUGGAAAUAUAUUUAAAUGUGAUCUUUCUCAA